AUGUACGGCUUUCUUGGCUUUGCUUCUCAAGAAGACAGCAGUAAAAUCAAGAUCGAUUAUGACCGGCCAUACUGGGAUUUAUAUCAGCAGACGAUGGAGACCUGGCUUUGUAAUGGAUCUGAGGAGGAGUUUCACUUGGUCGGCCUCCUCUCUUUUUCCCGGGAACCAAACACUUAUCCUUCGUGGGUCCCGGACUUAUCGAAACAAAAGUCCAAUGAUAGGAAUGGAGGAUUUGCGCUCUUCAAGAUGUACUCUGCUUGGACAUGGCACUCCCCUCCCAACUUCUGGUUCUCCGAUGACGGGCAGAUAUUCAUGCCUGAGGGGGUAAUAUUGGAUAUUGUGGAAGAGACUCGCUUCAUUCAACCAGGACGUGCAAAAUUCCGGAGCAGGCUUUCUACAUUGAACGCAGAACUCGACUCUAACAUAGCUCGUCAUGAGCAUCUUGAUUAA